AUGGAUUCAGCACUCUCAAGUUCACCUUCACAAACAGGAACUAUGGCUUCGGACCGACCGAAUCAACCAAAAAAAGAUUUGCUUCUCAAACGAGAAAAAGUAAAUCUCGCCGCACAGAUAAAAUUACCGCAAAAUGAAAAUAGUCCAAUACCAUCAAUUACUGAUGUUGAACAACUGAGCGAACAAGCACCCGGGAUGUUUAAUGUGUCUGCUGGAGAAGCUACGGAAGAGAUACGAAGUACUGCAGGAGUAAUGAAAUUUCCAUGUCUUUUUACUUACCUUGAAUGGUCUGAUUGCUCAUCUACAUGUCGAGUUGCUGGACAGGAUUAUCCACGACGCAUUCGCAAAGUGAACAAAAGUUCCAUCGUACAAGCUCGAAAUGGCGGAGAACCGGAGUGUCCUGCAAAUUUAGCUGAUCAAGUUGAUAGUGCACCAUGCAAUACUUACCUAUGUCCAACAAAUCUGUCGAAUUAUGGUUUUGGCAAAUUUUGUCAUUACAAUGAUGCAAAUCUACGACAUGAUGGUGGAUGCUUUAAGAUUCGAGAUGUACCGUUGGACGAUCGACUUAUUCUCAUCGAUGCAAACUUAAUUGAAACGACAUUACCAGAAACGAAACAGUUGGAUUACGUCUUGAACCAGUUGAAAUGGAUGGAGAAAAAUUUUGAAGAUGAGGAAAGUCAUCAUCGUUUGCGAAAAGCCGCCAUGGAGACGGUACUGCGGUAUUCUGUGGAAAGUAAUCCAUUUUAUAAUGACGAACGAUUGUUACAUGUUUUCUGUAUUGUUGGGAAAUUAAGUCGCACAAUGGGAAUGAAAUUAGUAAUGGAAGAAUUACAUAAUCGAAAACAAUUUUAUGAACUGGCAGAGUUUUACGUCAAAUGGGGAGAGAUUUUUGCAGAAGAAAAGAACAAGGAGCGUUUUAAUGAAAUAUGGAGUGAGGCCAUAAAAGCAAAUGCUAAGCCAAUAUCGCGAAUUGAUGAAGCUUUUAGAGCCAUGCUUUAUCAGUAUUUCGAAGUGGACGAUGAAAUGACUGUAAAUUUGUUCAAGAAACCCGAUUCAUCAAAAGAUUCGAAAAUGAUGUUUGGAAUUGUUGGAACAACACACAUGGAACAAAAAGCAUCUGAAGGUGGUGAGCGCUCAAUAAAAUUGACUUCUUCUAGAGUAAAAAGUUAUUUGAAAAUAAUUGAUGAGCAACAAUCAGUGGAGGAAAUAUUCGCAGAAACAGGAAAUUAUACUGUUCAUUCGGAUGUGCUUCGGAGCAGAAUGUCAAUUUCAAAACUAUCAGCUAUAAGCGAGGAACGAAGUGGUUGCGCCAGUGGUUCCUUGAUGAAUCCAUCCAACAAUAUAGAAUUGAUGAAGUCAACACAACCGUCAGCAGGCGGUACGGUUGAUGGCCCAUUUGCAUUAGCUUACACUGCUGAUGCUGGAAAUAACAUUCUCGUGGAGACAGAUGUCCUCACCGAUAAACCAUCUGAAUGUCCACAGUCUUCGCAUCUCACACUCCAUGGUACUUCAUUCACGGAGAAAUUUCUGAGUAAGGCGAUGCGCGAUUUCUCAAGCACAGUCCCAGUUCCACCUCCCCGUUCAGGCAUGCAUCACGAAACAGAAGAAACAACAGUGUUGCAAGAAACAGUUCUAAAUGAAAGUCUACAAACUCAAUUUAUUCCUGUCACAAAGAAAACAAAAUUUGAAGUUUAUGUGGAAGAAACUGAACCAGCGAAGCAAACCGAGCCAUUUGCUAUUUAUAGUGAUGAGAAUAUCAUGUCAUCUUCAGAUAUUUCGAAAAAAAGAUUAAACACGGAGCUGGAUUUGGACUAUCAAAAAAAUAUAAACAUGCGUGAUGACGAUGCCUAUGAAUCUCAGCCUGCAUUCAGAAAACCUGCGAUAACUGUUCACAUCCGUCAUUCAUCAGUUUUGGGGAAAACUGAAACUGCAUCAUUUGAACAUGAUAACGAAACAUCGACAGAGAUAGAAAAACGGAAGUGUGUGGGAGUGAAACCUCCUCUCCCUGAUCGUAUUGAUGAGGAAACAUUGGCAGGUUUGAACAAAAUGGUUAAAACAGGAGUGGUGACAUCGACACCAGCAAAUGAUUUCGCACCUCCAAUCGAAGAUCCGAUUGAGGAAUCGUUUCGUCCACUUCCUUCAAAUGCAGCUGAUCCUUUUUUCCAAAAACCGAUGUUUGACGAAGCUCUUAUUGCAAAUACUGCUUUUGGUAGACGAAUGAGUAUGUCCGAACAACGCCAGAAUACUUUGACAAAAUUGUCACAAAAAAUUGGUGUUGAGAAUAUUGUCGGAUGUAAGAAAAUGGGACUGGCUGUUACCAACAAUAUUAGUGAGGGACUAUGUCGACUCUCGAUUGCGCCAAAUGACGAGGAUUCCAAUGAAAUUACUAACAAAGGAUCGAGGCUAGUGUUGCACACUGACUCCGAAAUAAAUCCUUGGGAUGAAAAAUUACGGGACAAAAUUAUGACCAGCCAACAUUUCUGUCCAACAAAUGUUCAUGAUUUCGCGGAAAGAUGCAAUCGCCUUAGUCCUGGUGCUGUUGUAGUUUUAGGAGGUGAACGUUUUGAUAUUGAAUGUCUGAUCGGCGAAGGUGGUUUCGCUAAAGUUUACAAGAGUAAAUCAGAAGACGGUAACUUUUAUGCGGUGAAGUUUGAAAUGCCACCGUGUAAGUGGGAAGUUUAUGCUUGUGAAACAUUGCGUGUUCGAAUGCCGAAAGGAAUGUUGGAUGGUAUAAUGACUAUCCGCGAUGCAUACUUAUUUUCGAAUGCAAGUGCCAUUGUUUAUGAAUAUCACAAGCAUGGGAAUCUCCUCGAUAUGAUAAAUAAAUUACAAUCGAAGAAUAUGUCAUGCUCAGGUCUCUUAACGGUUUACCUCGCCUGGGAGAUUGGACGAAUAUUAGAGGCAGUUCAUAAUGCCCAAAUAAUACACGGCGAUGUUAAACCCGAUAACUUUAUGAUCCUUCACCGAUUAAACGAAGAUGCCACAUUAGAACAAAUUUUCGACAAGAAAUCUUUUACGUUGAAAUUGAUUGACUGGGGACGUGCUAUCGAUAUGAAUUUCUUGAAAGGACACACAUUCCAAGGAAAAGCUGGUACGGUCGCCUUCGACUGUUCGGAGAUGCAGGAUGGUCGGCCGUGGACAUACCAAACAGAUUUCUACGGCUUUAUUUCAACACUUCAUGUUAUAAUGUAUGGAAAGUAUAUGAAGACGUACCGGAAUACUACCGGACGAUACAGCGCGACAUCUGUAAUGAAAAGACGCUGGCCCCAACGAGAGUUACUAGAAGAUAUAUUCGACAUGUGUUUGAAUAUACAGGACUGUGAAUCAAUUCCCAAAUGGUCGACAGUAACUGAUGGUCUGGAAAACAAUAUUAGGCACGUCAUGAACAGCAUUCUUGCCUAG